GUCCCCGCUGACUUGUUUCCAGCCUCUGGUCGUCAUUGCUUCCGCCGGCCUCGUCAGCGUUUCCGCGGGCCCGCGGCUGACGGGGGGUUUUCGCGUUCCCUGGGUCGUGUGAUCUGCACAGCAGCCGCUCGGGAGGAGGUGCUGUAGGGCCGCUGCUGGAGAUGAGCGGAUUGGCGCCCAGAGAGGUUGCCGGAAGUCAGCAGGGUCACACAGCCCCGAGCGGCGGCGCCGAGCCAGGGCCCCGCGCCCUCGGACGCCUACGCCCUGCCUAUUUAGCGGGCCUCUUUCUACAGUAUUAUUCGUGUGAAGGUUUUGCUCCUUAUUUCUACAAGAGCGAAGUGGUAAUCUGGUCGGCAAACUACAAAUUGGGCGACGCCUGAUCUCUGGUCACCUGGACGGAUCUUGAGGCUGCAGUGAUGUUUCACUUGGGACUCGGUACACCUUUCCUCUGCCCUGGGUCGCUCAUUUUUGUUUUUGAUAGGAAGCAUUUUGAGUAAAAUAACAGCAGCUGGCAUCUUUUCAGCAGGCACUUUCACCAGGCUCGUGGUAAGGCCCCAACACAGCCCACCUGGUUUUCAUCUUCCCGGUAGCCCUCCCCUCCAGUGUGGACUCUUGGUGUCUGCUGCUCAGCCCUCCAAAGACCUUUGUGAACCCCUAGUAGUUGUUUUAUUUCCACAGUCAUUUACAUUGUGGUCGGUUGUGUGCUAGUUGGUGAAUAAAGUAACAAAAGGUGACAGCUAAACUGCCUGCAGGCUUGUUCCCAGCCAGGUGAGGGCAUGCAGGUUCUGGUCCCAGCACGACCGCUGGUUACCACACAUCACAGCUUUCAGGCCCCAGCACAACUGCCAGAUACCACACAUCACAGCUUUGAGCUCUUUGAUGAUGGUUGGAAUUGCAAGUGCUUUGGGUGUCCUGAAUUUGAAAAGAGAAGGGGGAUAGGCUUUCUGGUGUUUUCUUUUCCUUUAAUUCCCCAAAAUCUGGAGACGAAGCAGAGUCUCCAUCCAUCCCACAGCUGCGUGAAUGGCUGUGGCUUUCCUACAGAAAUGGCUUGCUGGCCCUUUGGUAGGGGUGGGGGUGGUGAGCCAGAGAGGGCAGGUGUGUGUGAGCUGGGGCUGUGGGUGGGUCCCUGUUCACCUCGUGUUCUGACCGCUGAGUUCCUGGCAGGGGAUGGAGGUGGCUGGUCAUCCCAAGUUUCAGCCUCUUCCUUGGCGUCUGCGCAGAGGUGUUUGCUCUGGAAUGCUCCGACAGAGGCUGCCUGGGUUCUUCCUUCUGCCCUGGCGAGAAGGCCCUUCUUGCUUCUGGCAGCAGCGAUUUUCUGACGUUCCGGGAGGGGUGUGCUGCUGGACAGAGGGGCGUCAAGGGAGGCGGAGGCGACAUGGGGCUUCCCUGGUGUUUUUGUGGCCUCACCCCUCCUGGCAGCCCUGAGGCAGGCCCUGCCGCUGCCCCCUUUACAGGUGGAGGAACUGGCCAGGUCACAGUGCAUCAGGGAGAAGCCAGGAGCUGUGUGUGUGUGUUUUUGAGCUCGUGCAUAUGAAACGUUAUCAGUGAGGAUUUGCACUUGCAGUCAGACCCUAAGACUCCUCUCAGCUCCGUGGCCCCUCGGUGGCCUCAGAGGUGAUGUUUCCUGUGCCUCGAAGCAUUUCCUGAAGGUUCGUGUGCGUGAGAAUUUCCCUGUGUUUCUCUAGGGCAGGGAGUGUGUGCUCUUUGCUCUCGGCCUUUGCGCCCAGUGAGGGCAGGGUAGAUGCUGGAGCUGGUGACCCUUAGUGGGGUUCCUCGUGGGAGUGGUCACAGCUGUGCCAGAGAGUUAGAACGUUUACUUACCUGAAAGCUGUGGCCACUGCUUGGCCUCUUUGAACGUGCCCUACAGAGAGGUGUAACCAGAGUCAGCGUCUCCAGUGGGCAUCACAUGGAGAUGCCAGGGAGCCAUGCACCUGCUUCUUGAACACCUUUGUCACCAGCGUGUUUGAUCACCUCUCCAUGGGGCCAGCAGGUGGCUGGCAGGGUGUGCAGUAUUUCCCUAUGGGAGGUGGUGGGGCCGGCUGGGGCCCUGUCUGGGAGUGUGUCUGUGCCCUUCGACCUACUGAGUCCUCUGUGGGAUGAGGAAGUCCAGUGUCAGCCAUUCAGAACGAUGCAGGCCCUGUGCCCUCUGAUAAAGAGGUGCUGGCACUCCAGAAAUGCAUGGUCAGUAGGCCUGACAAUGUGCCACCCACCAGCCUGGACCUUAUGACCAAUGGCUCUUGGGACACACCUGGCCUUCCUGCAGAGUGCACCUGCUGUUUGUGGCAGGGAGGAUGGCUGCGCUCCACUUUCCAUAUUCACCCACCUUCUCAGAGAUCCCUGAUCCCAAGCUGCGGGGAGCCCUGGGGCUCCGUUGCAUCUGGACUCUGGGGAGCAGGUUUGGAUUUCUCCGAGUAGAGAACAGAUAAGGAGUGUGACAUAGGCUGCACGCCUUCGACAGACCAGUGGCCAGUGUUCAGCCGCUGUGCACUCAGCCCCUGGCACGAGGCACAGGUCUUCCUGUCUGCACCCUCCUGGAGGCCGGAGCCAGCUUUGCUGUGACAGCAGGGCACCAGGGUAAGGGAACAGAGCGGCAGCAGCCAGGGGCUCAGUGGCCUUGGCGUGGCCCGAGUUCCUGGCUCUUGUUGUGCCAUCCUCUGCCCUGGGGUCCUCCCUGCUGGCCACGGACCUGGUCUUAAUGGGGAGCAUAUGCUGUUGAGGGUCCAUGCUAUGCCUUGCUGGAUCUCUGGUGACGCCUGUGAGCGGUGGUUCCUUUGAGGACUGCUUAUGGAACAGAGGGUUGUGUCUGAUGAGAGAGGAACCGUGCGUGCUGAUUCGUCCUUAUUGGGGGACCGAAGCUUGAGGACCUGGCAUGGAAAGCGUGGUAUUGAGGGAUGGGAGGAGGAUUGUUUCGAGCUACAUCUGUGAUGCCAUUUGUGUAAGUCUCCACGUUAUUCUCCCAGUGGUCUUGCAGAGGGGGCAGGACAGACCCACAGUGGAGUUUCACCGAGAGGGGGGCUGGCGUCCCGCUUCUCAACCCUGGGCGUCACAGGGACUCUGGGUGUCUGGCAUGGGCUUGGCAGAGCUUCACUGUGGGCGGUGGCCAGGUGAGCAGAGGCAGGGCCUGGCCCACGUUGGCUGGAAGCGGCAUGCUGCGGUUGUGAGGGAGGUUGUGCUUGGCCUCUGGGCCCCUGGUGACCCCUUGUUGGAAAAGUUCUUCUGUGACUCCACUCAUGGUGCUUUAUCCGUUUCGUUAAUGCCUGACACGGGUUCGUGAUGCAUGUUGAGGUGCCCUAGGUGCCUGCUCAGACACAAAGGCAUUUCUAGUCACAGGCCGAGUUAGGUUUGUCAUAACUCAGGGGCCUGGCCAAGUUGUUGCCUGCUAUGGAUAUGGCUUUGUAGAUAGGAACCAGUGUCUUUGUGUUUAUGCACAACUCUGUGGUACGCAUCACAUCUCAUUGGCUUUGCUUCUUUGCUCUACAGGAGGGGACGGAAUGCCACCAGGGACCUGAUUCGUAGGGAGCCUUGUAGCUCGGGAACAGUUUGGAAAUUGCUGUGAUCUGGUUUUCUUCCAGAGCUGAGCUCCGAUGCCCAGCCAUGGACGACGACAGCCUGGACGAGCUCACAGAGCGGAGCACAGGGCCAGGUGGACGCCUGUGGCCCAGCCCUACUGCCCUGGCCAGUGAUCCUGGAGACAGCAGUAAUGGGAAUGAUGGGGACUCUGAUGAUGACACAGGCAGCCAGCAGAGGGACAGCACAGGAGAGGACGAAGAGGGGAUGUCCGAAGACGAGGAUCUGGAAGACAGUUCUGGUUCUGAGGACUCUGAGGAAGAGGAUGUGGAGGCCUUGGUGGCCGCAGCUGAUACUCAGAAGAGGAAGCUGGAAGCAGACGGAACACUCAGCUCUGACAGUGAAGCUGAGAGCUGCCCAAUUUGUCUCAAUGUGUUUCGAGACCAGGCUGUGGGCACCCCGGAGACCUGCGCCCACUACUUCUGCCUGGACUGCAUUGUGGAGUGGUCCAAGAAUGCCAACUCCUGCCCAGUGGACCGGACUGUCUUUAAGUGCGUUUGUGUCCGAGCCCGGUUUGGUGGGAAAAUCUUAAGAAAGAUCCCAGUGGAGAACACCAGAGCCCCUGAGGCUGAGGAGGAAGACCCCACCUUCUGUGAGGUGUGUGGUCGCAGUGACCGGGAGGACCGCCUCUUGCUCUGUGACGGCUGUGAUGCCGGGUACCACAUGGAGUGCCUAGACCCCCCACUCCAGGAGGUGCCGGUGGACGAGUGGUUCUGUCCAGAGUGUGCUGCACUGGGUGCCGGCCAUGGUCCUGACCCGGGCCAUGUGAGUGAGGAGGAGGUCACUCUGCUCUUGGCCGAUGUGGUGCCCACCACCAGCAGGCUCCGGCCCAGUACGGGCCGGACGCGGGCCAUCGCCAGGACACGGCAGAGCGAGCGAGUGAGGGCCACCGUGAACCGGAACCGCAUCACCACCGCCAGGAGAAUCCAGCAUGUCCCGAGGUACCUGAUGUCUUCUCUGCUUGAUGAGACAAUUGAAGCUGUCGCCUCUGGUCUGAGUACUGCUGUGUAUCAGCGACCUAUGACUCCGAGAGCCCCUGUGAAACGGAAAAGAAAGUCAGGAAGACGGAAGAGAGUGCUGGGGAGGAAGAGAGCCUCCUCCAGGUCCUCAGCGUCGCGAGCUAAGAGGCGCCUGAAGAGGAGGAAAGGGAAGAAGCUGAAGGUCAGAGACGAGGUCACAGCACGUGUCCGCAUCGCCAGGACACUGGGCCUCCGGAAGCCUGUCCAUGGUGCCUCCUUCCCAUCUGUGUACAAGCCCUCCGACCCCUCCCUGAGCCUGAUGCGGGCAGACAUUGGAGCUGCAUCUCUGUCCCUGUUUGGAGACCCUGAUGAGCUGGACCCCUUCGACAGCGAAGAACUCUCUGCAAACCCUGCUUCCCCUCUGAGCGCCAAGAGGAGAGUUCUGUCCCAGUCGGCGCUGCUGUCACACCAGCCUGUGGCCAGGCCUGUCUCCAUGACACUUGCCAGGAGGGGCGUUCCUGCGGCCACCACGCCGGAACCGGAAGUGGAGGCGGCCCCCGUCCCGGACCUGCUGGGCAGCAUCCUGUGCAGCCAGAGCCUCUUGAUGAUGAGCAGCGCCGAUGUCGUCAUCCACCGUGACGGCUCCCUCAGCGCCAAGAGGGCAGCUCCGGCUCCUUUCCAGCAGAACUCCCUCAGGGUGUCCAGUGGGGCCUGGGACUGCAGGCCUGACUGCCGGCAGCCCACAACGCUGCCCUCAGGGAGUCCAGCAGGCGGCCUCACUGGGAGCGGGCUCCAGAGCUCAGCCAUGACCUUCCACAGCAGGCCCACCCCAGCCCCAGCCUCCUGGGUUCCCGCGUACACAGCGAGGCCAGCAGUGAGAUUGGGCCCUUCUGCGGCCCCGCAGGCUGGGGCUGUCCAGGCUCAGAACUUGGCUAACAGCACACUUGGUUCACACAGAGGUGCCCAGCGCCAGUUUAACAGAGAUAGCAAGCAUGCUUCACCUGCGAGUUCCAUGUCCCCCAAGACCCCCAGUAGUGACUUGCACUCACUAUCCAGACGCCCAGUGCUGGGGCAUCCGGUGAAGCCAGCUCCCAGGAGAAGGGACGUUUCUGAGCUGCCCAGGAUACCAAAGAUCAAGAGAGACGCUGGCGGUGGUCGUGUGGACUCAGCCCCGGCCCGUGGACCCAGUGUUGAGAUCCCCAGCUCCUGCAUCAGCCGGCUGACAGGCAGGGAGGGCACCACACAGCCAGGCCGUGGGGCGCAGGCAGAAGGCCAGCCCAGCGGCCGGGCCCCACAGGAGCCCGGCGCACCCCCAGGAGGGCCCCAACCCACAGCUCCCGGUUCCCACAGCAGCCUGGCUGCCAUUGGAGCCACAAGGGGGAAGGGCACGGGGUCAACCUUUGAGAGCUUUAGGAUUAAUAUUCCCGGAAACACAGCCCACUCCAGCCGGCUCCCCAGCCCCGGGUUCUGUAACACAUUCCGGCCUGUCGACAACAAGGUCCAAAGGAAAGAGAACCCGUCGCCCCUCUUCUCCCUCAAAAAGACCAAACAGCUCAAGAGCGAGAUCUACGACCCGUUCGACCCCACAGGCUCAGACUCCAGCUCCGCCGGCAGCAGUCCUGAGAGGCUGGGCUCUAGCCUCCUGCCCUCCGAGAUCACACGGACCAUCUCCAUCCGUAGCCCCAAGGCCCCAGCCUGCCAGACAGUGCGCUGCGUCACCACUUACACCGUAGAGGAUGCUUUCGGGGCAGGGCCGGAGCCCUCUCAGAGGCCCGCCUCCAGCGUGCUCAGGCUCCAGGAUGGGGCGGCCUACGGGUCAGCCUCGGACCUGGAGCCAGAGGGGCUGGGGGCACCCGAGGAAGUUGAGGGUGAGGAUGAGGACGUGCCUCGGCACAGCACCUUCUUCGGCUCCAAGGCACGCACGGUCACCUGUGUGACGGUCACGGAGCCAGACACCCCACCAAGCCCGGACACGCUGCCGCCCACCACCCAUCGCAUUGUGGAGCUGCGCUCGCCAUCCCCUGCCCACUCCGACGACAGCUUCUGCGGUCAGAAGGGAGUCAAGAAGGGAAAGGCCUCCGCCAGCGAGCCAAGGAGGACACGGUCCCGCAGCCACUCCGCGUCCCGCUCCAGGGAGAGGAGCUCGCGAUCAGCCUCCCCGUCAGCCGGUGAGCCCCACAUCAGGAAGCACCGGCCCAAGGCCAGGGCCCGGCGGUCCUCCAGCGAGGGUUCCAGCAGCCGUGACAGGGCCAAGAGAAAGAAGGCCAAGGACAAGGGCCGUGAGAAGAAGCGGGGCUCUUGGGGCCGCGCACGCAGGUCCCGCUCCCGGUCUGCCAGCCCCAGCAGCUCCUCCCACGAGCACCACGAGGGCAGGAAGAAGAAGGCGCAGCGCUCGCCGUCCAGGUCCCGAGGGCGUGAGUGCUCCCCACCCAGCAGCCUGGAGCGUUCCCGGAGGCACAAGCGCAGGCGUGAGCGGAGUCGUGAGCGGACCAACAGGAAGGAGGGUGUGUCUCGGCCACGAGGGCGGCGGCACUCACGAGAGAGGAGGGUGUGGAGGUCCCGGUCUCCGAGCAUGGAGCAGCGGGCCCGGGAGCAGCGGCGGCCCCGCUCCCACGAGAGGCAGCCUGGGACACGCUCCUGCUCCCCGUACAGGAAGCCACCUGCAAAGGAGCCGUCCCCUCCCCCUACACACGAUGUGCCUGGGCAGGAUGGAAGUCCCACGACCAGGCCACCUGCCCUGGCACAGGUGGAGGUGCCUGCGGCUGGGGUAGAGGAGGCCCCCACAGAGGCGCCCCCCGUGCCCGAGGUGCCGGCUGAGAGUGUCCCCGACGACCUGGACUAUGGCGACUCUGUGGAGGCGGGCCACGUCUUUGAGGAUUUCUCCAGUGAGGCCGUCUUCAUCCAGCUGGAUGACAUGAGCUCCCCACCCUCCCCCGAGAGCACGGACUCUUCCCCAGAGCGUGCCCCGCUUGGUCUCCUCCCGCCUGUGCCAGGCCGUGCCUGUGAUGUGGGCCUGGACACUGGCCGGGCCCUGGCUGCCAUCCAGAGGGAGGUGUCCCUGAUCCACAGUGACGACCCACAGCCCUCACCUCUAGCAGAGCGCCCCCCUGAGAGGGUCCCCCUGGAGCAGGACGCCACAGGGGCGAGUCAGGCUGUGGGGACACUGGGAGUAGGGAGGGAGGUGGGGCCUCAGGCAGGUGAGGGGGCCAAGCCCGAGGAAGCCACCCCUCAGACACCUCUGCUGCGGUUGAAGGCUCCAGUGAAGAGGGUCACCUGGAACCUUCAGGAGGAGGAGGACAGCACCCUGGCUGAGGACCGAGCACCGCGAGUGCUACUGCACAGGCCACUGAAACCCAGGGACACAGCCUGGGACGCAGAGGACUCGGGCCCAGCCACCUUCCGCCAGGAGCUGCCGUUCUCUGAGCCGCCGCCUCCCAGCCAGGCACUUCCCGAGCCUGUGUUCCCCGACGUAGAUGCCUCUCAGGUUUACAGCCCAGCCCUGCCUGUGCCCCUGGCUCUGCCCUCGAGUGGCCCACCCUAUGCACCGAUCAGCCAGCCUGCAGUCCAGUUUCUUCUGCAGGGCAGCCUCCCCCUGGUGGGCUGUGGAGGUGCCCAGGGCUUGAUCCCAGCGCCCACUGCCCUGACCACAGCCUCAGAGCCAGCCAUCCCAGCCCCCAUGACCAACGACAUGGAGGAGAAAACCACUGUUUCAAAACCCUCCGGGGAGAAAGCCAAGAAUGAGGAGUACUUGAAGAAGCUGCACAUGCAAGAGCGGGCGGUGGAGGAGGUGAAGCUGGCCAUCAAGCCCUUCUAUCAGAAGAGGGAGAUCACCAAGGAGGAGUACAAGGACAUCCUGCGCAAGGCUGUGCAGAAGAUCUGCCAUAGCAAAAGUGGAGAAAUCAACCCCAUGAAGGUGGCGAACCUGGUGAAGGCCUACGUGGAGAAGUACAGGCACAUGCGGAGGUACAAGAAGGUGGACCCAGAGGAGGGACUGCCCCCCCAGGAGGCCGAGGGCUGAGACAGCCUGCAGCGGGGGCACCGCCAGGGCGGAGGGUCUGCCCUGGAGGGGCUGGCGCAGGGUUCCUGUGAUCACGUGGUCUGAGCGCCUGGCUUGCUCGCAGUUAACUGGACUUUUUAUAUGUAUAUUAUAGAGGUACACUGUUUCCAUUGUGUUCUAAUUUAUCAAACACGGACUAUCUUUAGAAA